GAGCCGCCGCCGCCGCUGCCCGAGCCAUGGAGGCGGGCAGCAAGGUGCUGUACGUGGACUUCCCCAACUUCAGCAGCAGCCUGCUGGAGAACCUGAACCAGCAGCGCAUGGAGGGCAAGUUCUGCGACAUCUCCAUCCAGGUGCAGGGCAAGGUGUUCCAGGCCCACCGGGCGGUGCUGGCCGCCUCCUCACCCUACUUCCACGACCAGGUGCUCUUCCGCAACGCCAGCCGCCUGUCGCUCCCGGGGGUGAUGGAUGCGCGGGCCUUCGAGAACGUCCUGGCCUCGUGCUACACGGGCCGCCUGGCGGUCACGCUGGCCGACAUCGUCAACUACCUGACGGUGGGCAGCUUCCUGCAGAUGUGGCACGUGGUUGACAAGUGCACCGAGCUGCUGCGGGAGAGGGAACCCCCUCCGGCCCCGGCCCCCGGCCCCCGCAACCCCAGCAGCCAGUCCCCCAGCAGCAGCAACUACUUCAGCCCCCGCGACGAGGUCCCCGUGUCCGUCUCUGUCAAGCUGGACCAGGGGGACGAGAUGCUGGAGGACGAGCUUCUGGAAGACGAGGGGGUCGACCCGGAGCAGAAGGUGACCAGCAACCAGGGGGCGGCGUGCAGCGUGCUGUCGGCAAGGCAGCCCCGGCACGGGGGCUGGGUCCUGGUGAAGGAGGAGGAGGGGGAGGACGAGGGAGAGGAGGAGGAGGAGGAGGAGGAAGAUGACGACCUGGUGCUGACCUGCGAGGAGGACGACCACCAUUUUGUCAAGAGCGCUGGGGGAUGCCGCCCCUCGGAUCCCCGCUCGCUCAGCAUCAGCGGCGUGUGCACCCUGACCCGGCCCCAGCCCCCUCCCCUCCCCCUCGGCCCCCCCGGCGAGGACGAGCCGGCGGACUUCUGCGGCUCCACCGAGGACUUCCCCUACGAGGUGGGCGAGGAGGGGCCCCAGUGCUUUGCCCCGGCCCCCUCCCUCCUCCUCCUGCCCGGGGUCGGCAGCGGCAGCGGCAGCCUCCAGGAGCUGCGGCACGGGGCGGCGGGCUCGGCAGACCCGGCGGGCGGGGGGCCCGGCAGCACCGGCAGCGGCGGAGGCAAGGUCUUCGCCUGCCACUGCGGCAAGAGCUUCACCCACCGCAGCCAGCGGGACCGGCACGUCAACAUGCACCUCAACCUGCGCCCCUUCGCCUGCACCCUGUGCAACAAGAAGUUCAAGAUGAAGCACCACCUGGUGGAGCACAUGAAGAUACACACCGGCCACAAGCCUUUCCAGUGCCACGUCUGUGCCAAGAAGUUCAUGUGGAGGGACAGCUUCCUCAGGCACCGAGCCGCCUGCGAGAAACUCCAGCGCGAUAUCCCCCUCAGCAGAAGCCUCGACUGACUGAGCGAGCUGGGGACUGGGGCAGGGGGACAGGUAGAGGUAGGGAGAGGUUGAAGAGAGCCAGUCCAACCUAUCUCAUUCCUGGCUUACACUGAUGGAGCGAGCGGGGAAGUGGGAGGGAGGGGGAGGGAGAGAGUGGUAGAGGCGUUUCCAUUCUCCCUCGAUCUCGGUCAAGCGAGGGAGGUGGGAUCGAGUGACGGGGAUACAGAGAGAGGGGUGGAGGCGUUUCCAUUCUCCCUCCAUCUAGGUCAAGCGAGGGAGGUGGGAUCGAGUGAGGGGGAGACAGAGAGAGGGGUAGAGGCGUUUCCAUUCUCCCUCCAUCUAGGUCAAGCGAGGGAGGUGGGAUCGAGUGAGGGGGAGACAGAGAGAGGGGUAGAGGCGUUUCCAUUCUCCCUCCAUCUAGGUCAGGGAGUUCCCAACCUUUUUGGUCCCGUUUACCCCUGGCAACUUUAAACCCCUGGCGACUUUAGUAGCACAUAACAAUGUUAUUUCACUUAUUUAUGAACAACUAAUGAUGAGCAGAUACCCGUAUAACGGACCCAAACGCAGUCAGUCAAUGAGAAAAAAUAUGUACCAAUCCACAAUCAACAAAUCUACCCCCCUGGGUAGGUGAAAUUUACCUCCUGGGUAGGCGAAAUUUACCCCAGGUAAGGAGGGAGGGAGGUAGCUGGGACCGAGGGAGGGGGGGGGGAGAGGUAGGGCCAUGCCAACCUCCCCCAACCAAGGCUUCAACUAAUGAGGUAGG